AUGGAUCCCACUAACAAGCCCAAAGGCCCCUCUCCCCAUUACUCCCUCUAUCAGCGCGAGAUAUUCCGCAGGGGUGGCGAGACAGGACAGCUCCCGCACUUCUCCGUCCACCCCGAGGAGCUGCAGGAGUCUACGAAAGCCAAACUCAAUGACCGGUCCUACUUCUAUGCCAACUCCAAUGCUGGCCUCGGCUGGACAGACCGUGCUAAUCGCGAGGCCUUCUAUCGCUGGCGCAUCAUCCCUCGCACCCUCGUCGACACCAAUGUGCGCGACAUGACCACGACUCUCUUCGGCCACAAGAUCCCUGCUCCCAUCCUCUUUGCUCCCAUCGGCAUCAACAAGCUGUACCACCCGCUCGGUGAGCUCGUGCCUGCCAAAAUUGCUGGCGAGCUCGGCAUCCCUUAUUGCCUGUCAACGGCCGGGUCACAGCCCAUCGAGGACGUCGCGCGUGCAAACGACGCGGGUGCGGCGAUCAAAAACGAGAGCAACUCGGUGCACGAGUACAGUGGCCCCAACGGCGGCAACGCACAGGGCCCGCGGUUUUACCAGCUCUAUAUGGGGCACGAUGACGAGAUCACUAUUUCUCUCCUAGAGCGCGCAUGGAAGUCCGGCUUCGACGUCAUGAUGCUCACGACGGACACCUGGCAGCUCGGGUGGCGCCCGACGGAUGUCAAUAUCGCAAACUAUGUAUUCUACUAUCCGAAUGCGGUGGGCAACGAGAUCGGGGCAUCGGAUCCGGUGUUCAUGAAAAAGUAUGGCGAGGAGCUGAAGAAGGACUCGGGCAAGUGGAUCGACAGCAGUGUGUGGCACGGCAAGGCGCACACGUGGGAGAAGAUCGACUGGCUCGUCAAGCAGUGGAAGCGCAUCUCGGGUGGGCGGCCAUUCGUGAUCAAGGGCAUCCAGAAUGCGGAGGAUGCGGUGCUUGCGUACGAACACGGAUGCGAGGGCAUCGUGGUGACGAACCACGCGGGGCGGCAGGUGGACGGGGCGAUCGCGAGCCUGGACGCGCUGCCGGAGAUCGUGGAGGCGGUGGGCGACAAGCUGACGAUCAUCUAUGACUCGGGCGUGCGGACGGGCGCGGACGUGUUCAAGGCACUCGCUCUCGGUGCGCAUGCGGUGGCGGUCGGGCGGCUGUAUGUGUGGGGGAUGUCACACGAGGGCGAGGCUGGCUGCCGGCAUGUGAUGAAGAGCCUUCUUGCGGACCUGGACAUCCUGAUGACAGUUGCGGGGUAUGCGAGCAUCGAGAAAGACGUUAUCGGCAACAAGAAGGCUGUGAAGUACAACCCGAGCGGAACGCCGCCGGGCCCAGGUGAGCAUGCGCACCUGUGA